CGGACAAAACGGGAUAAAAUACAAUUAGAUCUAUUCAAGAAACGUGUUUGGUGACAAUACGGGGCACAUCGCACCGGAAAGCGAAUGGAAUAAGAGGAGAAAUGCUGAAUUUUUUGUUGUGUUUGUGAGCAAAGCAAGCAAGCCGAUUCGGUUCCUUAGCUAACUACCCGUUCUUUCGCCCAUUUCGUGAUUCCGAAAGCAGCACGGAGUUGCCGUAACCGGAAAGCACGAGAGACGGAUUUUAUCGAGUAGGGCAAUUCUGUUAUAGGAACAAGCAGUUUGUUAUUAAGUGAAUUUGUGAAAUAUUUCUUCAAACUGCUGGGAUUUGAUAGUGAAAUUCCCCCGGAUUCGGCUCCUCAUCACGUGGCAGACUUCUGGCCAAGUGGUAGGUGGGUGGUGUGGAGCUGGCCUCAGCACCGGGAGAGGCCCCCUCGCCCGCCCCCUCCCAGCGCUGCAUGGCUGCAAUGGCGCCCGCUCUGACCGACGCGCCGGCCGAAGCUCACCGCAUUCGCUUCAAACUGGCUCCGCCCUCCUCCACCCUCUCCCCGAGCGGUGUGGAGGGCAACGGCGGUGCCAGUCACCUCCUCGUCUCCAGUAGCAGCACAGUCAAGCGCAAAGCCUCGGAAGAGCGCCCGUCCCGUGGGGCUGGUCCCUGCAAAAGGGAAGAGGGCAAACUCCAGCCGCUGGUGGCCUCUUACCUUUGCUCGGAUGUGACACCUGUGCCCUCCACCAAGGAGUCCCUCAAAUUGCAAGGUGUCCUGUUGCAGACGCACGGCAUUCUGCCCGGAUUCUUACCGCGGCACCCGACACUGGAGCUCUCGGAGGAACAGCUGAAGAGCAUCAUGAGUGGAGGGAGCGGUGCACCUUCAGUCCAGGCGCCACCUGUUAACGGAAUGGCCAAGAAGCUGACCAAACCCGGGAUUGACAGAGACAACGCAGUGACCAUGAACGGAGGCAAGCAUUCCGUCGACUCCGACUCGCUGCCCCAGAGCCACGUCGCCGUCGCCGCUGCUGCCGCCUCCCGCGGGGGUUUAACUGGAAACGGACCCCUCAGAGGGGACGCGGGUCACGAGCAGCGUACGGAGGAGUCCCAGAACACGGCUAACAACGCGGAGCAAAUCGCUCCUCCGUCGACUGCCCACGCGCCUUCGGACCUCGCCGAAGACAAAGCGUCCGAUAGGCCGCCUUCGCUGAACGCAGAAACGCCGGCCCCGCCUCCGCAGGCACGACAGCACUCUCUGGGCGGUCUGGGCACGGAGCUCCGCGACCGGACCCAACAGAGCCAGAACCGGCAGUGCGAAAUCGAGGGACGGCUACGCCGACUUCGCAAACGCCUGCAGGUGGUGCAGGCCAAACAGGUGGAGAGACACGUGCAGCAGCAGCUCGGAGGGCUCGUGGAAACUACCCUAGGAUCCCUGGACACUUUUCGGCAGCGAAGGCACCACGGCGACGAGGCCCUCGCCCCACAGGAGAGGGAAGGGCUGGGCCGCUUCCUGAAGGGCGGCUCAGUACCGGCCGAGUUGGAACGGCUCUCCGUCAGUGGCACAACUAACCUUAGGGCAGCAGAGGGUGCCUUUGACUCGGACGCGACCGAGAGCAGCUCCGGAGGAGAGACGGACGUGGAGGAGGACGAGCUUGCCCGAGUGGACAUCGAUCAGCGGCACAUCUCCCUAUGGAGAAGGGCGGAGGGGCGUUAUGCAUUGGAAAGGGCUUCCAUCAUCAGCCACUGGAACUGGCUCCAGGCCCAGGUUUCGGACCUGGAAUAUCGCAUCCGGCAGCAGACCGAUAUUUACCGCCAAGUCCGCUCCAGCAAGGGCUCAGUGGUGCUGGGAGAGGGAGCUCCCGCGGAACAGCCGCCGGAGGACCAGACGGAGGUGAACGCAGAGCCCCUGACCUGCACGGUCACACAGGAACGCGGCGCAGACGGGGCCGAAGGGUCCUUAUCGACCCACGCCGUCGCCACGGAAACCAGCCUAAGGAAAGGAUGUGGCGCUGCGAGACAGGUCAAUGGAGUCAUCAGCAGUCUGAGGUCUGGAUCUCCAGGUAGCACUGACCCAGAGGACCAGCUCAGAAAGCAGCAGCAGCGCCCCCCGCUGGUCCCCUCGCCCCCUGACGACGCCACCAUCUCCGCGCGCACCCGACCCCUCCUCAGCUGCAAGAGACGGCGCCUGAUCCGCUCCUACACAAUCUCUAACCUCAACCGCAAGUCUCUCCUCCAGGGUCAGCGAGUGGGCGGGGCUUCCAGCGGCAGCUGUGACAUCAACCCCCAGUGCGCGACAUGUGGCGGCCGUUCAGCGCUCCCCCUCUCCGACGCCCAGCACGAGCGCCCCCUCCUGGAAAGGCUCUCCCAGUUUGAUUCCAGCGUACACCCUAUCCUCUCCUUCACAGACGACGUGAUGAUGAGUUUGCACAUGCAGCGAGUGCUCAAGACCGACUGGCAAAGCCGACCGUUAGAGAAGAUCAAGCCCAUCAAGAAACUGUCUCUCAAACACAAGCUCUCGCUCAACGCUCGUUACCCCGACCCCUCCUGCUCCUCCUCCUCCGUCUCCAAAGACAAACACAAACCCUCCGCCUCUCUCCUCACCACAGUCCGUCUGCCCCAUCAGAAGGUGCGGCCAGAGAAGUUGCACAGGCAGUCUGUGGACAGUGUUGUGACGGUGGGCAAACUGGAGGGCAGACAGACGCAGAUGCAGCUGCAGCACAGAGCAGACCGCAGUCAGAGCAGCCACGCCUCCUACGACAAGAGCCACAGCCGCAAGAGACCCCGCGAACACUCUGUGGACAGAAUGGACAACGGCUCCAAACUGUAUAUGGAGGUGAGCAGCCCGUGCCCGUCUCUGUCGGGGAUGCCCGCGUCCACUCACAGUCCGCUGAUGAGACAGCUGUCUGCCUCUGAGAGCGCCUCACCCAUCGCUCUCAACAGCAGCACGCCGCAGCCCAUCCGCAGGCGAAGAGGAGAGAGCUCCUUCGACAUCAACAACAUCGUCAUCCCCAUGUCUGUGGCCGCCACCACCAGAGUGGAGAAACUCCAGUACAAAGAGAUCCUCACCCCCAGCUGGAGAGUAGUUGACAUCUGUUCCAAACCCAUCUCUGAAGAGGACGAUGCUGCAGAGAUUGAGGACCUGUCGGAUGCUGCGUUCUCUCAGCUGCACCAGCCGUUAGAGGAACAGGAACGCUCCCGUUGGAGUUGGACCGCCAGCUCUAUCGCCAAGAGGAGGGGCAGUCGCUCCUACAAGUCACUGGACGGCCGAAGCACACCCCUCCUGGGAGGCACCAACCCCUCCACGCCGCAGCCCUCUUCCCCAGACACCGCGCACUUCCACCUGCUCCAGGACUACAGCUCCGCCCCCUCGCCGUGCAGCCCGGCCAGCCCCGACCUGCUGCUGUCCAACCCCUACACGCCGGCGUCCCGGGACUCCCACCGCUUCCUCUCCAACGAAGACACGCGCUGCUCCACCCCUGACAACAGCUACGAGGAGAUGAUCCCGCAGCCAGUGCAGCCGUGGGAACACCGGACAUUCCCGCUGGAAGCGGAACCGUCGCAGGAGCUGGAGGACCAGGACGUCCCGGUCGGCGAGCGCCCAGGCCGAACGGCCAGACGCAUCUCCGGAAGCAAAACGGGCUCGUCCAAGUCCGAGUCGGACGCCGGACCGCCGUCGCCCCUCCCCGACGAGAGCGGCAAACAGAAAAACGCCCCGGCGCCCAAACCCACCCGCCGAUGAAGACUCAGCAAACUUGACUCUUUCUCUCUCCCUCUCCCCUUCCACCCCAGCAUUGACCUUAACAGCAAUGAUUACACGAAAAGGAAAAAAAAAAAAUACUGAUUAAAAAUUCCUGUUGUUUGAUAUUCAAACAUCAGUCCGUUUUUUUCACAGUUUUUAGUGAAUAUACCGAAAAAAUGUAGAAACCUGUUUUAAUUCUUUCUUUCCUUUUUUUUUUUUUCAGUCACUGGGAAAAUAAAAAAAAAGAAUUCUGU